GUUCUAUUAUCGCGCAAAGAUGAAAGCUACCGUAAUCCUUGUGUUCCUCGUCGGAAUCGCGUGCGGAUCCGCAUCCCUCGUCCACGAUUUCCAAGACAUCGUCGACGUUAUCCCGUUGAAGGAGAUCAUAGCAAUCGCUCGCAAAUACUUGAACAACGAUGCGGAAUUCCAGAAGGUCGUCGUUUACCUGCAAGGACCGGAAUGGGCUGGACUGGUUAAGCAGAUCGCUGCGCAUCCGGCGUAUCAAUACCUGAAGAAUCACAUGAUCCAAGCGGGCGUCGACGUGGACGCUGUGAUCAAGUUGAUCCACGAUCUCAUCGCCGGAGCGCAUCCGGAAGGCCGAUCCGCGUUCAGCUUGCGCGGUUUUCUGGAUGAAGUCGAAGCGAUCGUUCCGAAAGGGAAGUUGCUCGAAGUAAUCGAGGAUAAGCGUGAGAAUAGCUCCGAUUUCCGUGCGUUCUUCUCCGUCUUCUCCAGCCAAACUGGAAACAGAUUUGUGAAUGAUGUCAGGAAUUUCGAUGAGAUGAAACGCUUAGUCGCAUCGCUGAAAGAGAUCGACGUUGAUUUGGAUAAAGCUUUCGAUGCUGUCUACAAAUAUCUCAAUUGGACACAUUAAAAUUAAUAAUUUCUUAGAAAUAAAUCUAUAAUGCAUAAGAUA